AAAUAACGACGCGGUCCCGCCGCGCGCGCGCGCGCGCACUCGCAGUCAGCUUCGCGGCUGUCACUUGUCACGUUUACCUGACGUCUUGUCGAGUGCGAACCGCCCCGGUUGACGGGAUCAAGCGCGCUCGCACACGUUUCGGCCUCUCGACGAGUCAUGCCGGCCGCGAGGAUCUGAAUCCAUCACGAAGCUUCUUUUCCACUUGUCUUAAACAUGAGUCACGUCGUCCGUUCCUACGUCUGUCGCGGAGAAGCAACGAUCCACAACAACGUCAACAACACGGGUGUGUCGUCCAGUAACGAAUCGCCCCGAUACGGCGCGAUCAAGUGCGCCAGCCGCUUCGCCGAGGGUCAAGUAUGUCGGCGCUCUCGUGGGCGCUAAGCACGCACACCGAGCACGCAUGUCAACCAUCAGCCGUCAGGAUGUCGGAUUCUCAGGACAGGAUCGCCGCCUGCAACGGCGGGGAUGAUGUGCCGGUGAUAACGCAGCCCACCACGAGGGGUGGACUCAGGGUCUACAAGAUCGUGGUGUUGGGUGACGGUGGUGUCGGGAAAUCAGCCGUUACUCUGCAGUUCGUCAGUCACAGGUUCCUCAACUAUCAUGAUCCCACUAUAGAGGAUUCAUAUCAGAAACAAGCGGUUAUCGAUGGCGAGGCGGCUCUCCUGGAUAUCUUGGACACAGCUGGACAGGUUCGAGAUUCUUAUGUGGAAUUUACGGCGAUGCGCGAGCAAUACAUGAGAUGUGGCGAAGGUUUCAUGAUAUGUUACUCGGUGACAGACAGGCACAGCUUCCAGGAGACGAUGGAAUAUAGGAAACUGAUAUCACGUGUGCGCGCCAAUGAGGACAUUCCUCUAGUACUAGUCGGUAAUAAGUAUGAUUUACAACAGCAGCGAAAGGUGACCACGGAGGAAGGUAAGGCACUUGCGGAAGAGCUCGGUUGUCCGUUUUAUGAAACAUCCGCGGCCCUCCGACAAUUCGUAGACGAUGCAUUCUUCUCCUUGGUCAGACAGAUACGUGCUAAAGAGAGAUCCCGCAACUCGCAUCGCAAGCGCAGCCGUUGGUGGCGAAUCCGUUCGAUAUUUGCCUUCAUCUUUCGACGAAAGCAGAGGCACGCUUUGCACUAUUCACCCUAAAAAAAAGAACUGUGAAGUUUCGAUAAUUCUUCUAUUAGUGAGAUUACAUUGAACCAAUAGGCGAUACCAAUAGCAAUGACGAGAGUAAUAUCAUAGUAUAGAUCACAACGAAGAUUAUCUAUAAUUUUUUCUUUUUUCAUAUAGUUUCCCUCGUUUAGAGACUGAUGAUUUGUUAACAUCUCACUGCCUUGUCGUUGACCCCCGGUGUAUGUACUCCGAAAUUGCAAACAGAACAGAGAGAGACUGGAAUAUAACGCAUACUUGUAUUUAUCUUAGAUCUGAGGUCUCGGAUUAAUCAAUUCGCGCGCGCAUGAUGCUCAAUAGAGAGAAACAGAACACGAUUAUAUAUAUACAAAGUAUAUCAAAAGGUAACAUCAACCAACUGGGUGAAAGAGAAGCUUGAAUAGAGUACGUAAUGCUAGUGCACUUUUUUG